GAUAUUUCAAAAUCAACACCACUUCGUACUGCUUACGGAGUAAGAAGCAGCAGUGCCGGAUGUAUAUAUAAACCGCUGCUGCUAUCCCAGAGUAUAACAACUACACCCCUGCUACUAUCCCCAACCCACACUACCCUUUUCCACCGAUCCGCACAAAUAUAAACAUAGACACCCACAACCUAAAACGCAACAAAUGCACCCCAUCCUAAUAAUAGGGGGCGGCCCAGCCGGUCUAACAACCUCCCUCUCCCUCUCCCACCAAUCCACCCCGAUCCCGCAUCUCCUCUUCGAAAAACACCCCUUCACCUCCAUAUUCCCCAAAGCCGUUGGCCUAAACGCCCGUACAAUUGAAUAUUUCCGCUCACUUGGCCUGCAAGAAGACAUAUUUGAUGUCUCUGCGCCACCGGAGACCGUCUCGCAGACUUGUUGGUAUACGAGUUUGGCACCGAAUGGAAGUGGGGAAGGGAGGAAGGUGCUUACGAGGGAUGCCUGGGGCGGGGGUGUCUAUAAGGAAGUGUAUGAGGCGGUUAGUCCGAGUCCGGGGGGGUAUAUGGUAUGUCCGCAAAUACGGCUUGAGCCGGUGUUGCUUGGACAGGCGAAGGAGAGGAAUCCGGGUGGGGUCAGGAAUUGUGCGGAGGUACUUGGGGUUGAAGAGCUUCAUGAUCGGGUAAGGGUGCGUGUGAGGUAUACAAGUCUACCUGAUUAUGAUGGGAAAGAGAAAGAGAAAGAGGAGAUUGAAGAAGCGCGAUAUGUCAUCGCAGCAGACGGCGGCCGUUUUGUCGCCGAUGCACUAGGUAUCAAGAUGCAGGGUGAGCGGGACAUUGCGAAUAUGGUCUCUGCGCAUUUCAGAGCACCGAUCAGUCAGUAUCAUCCGAAUCCACACGCGUUGAUUACUUGGUUUAUUGAUCCGGUGUUGGGAGGGAGUAUUCGCACGGGGUUUAUGUAUCAUGUCGGGCCGUAUCCGAGUACACCUGAGAACGAGGAGUGGAUAUUUGCUUGUGCGCUGUUACCCCAUGAAAAGAUGAGUGGGUUUGAUGAGGAUGCUAUGCUGGAGCGUCUUCAUCGGACGCUCAAGAUCCCGGGGCUCAACGUGGAACUGAAAUCCAUAAGCCAUUGGAACAUCAACGCCAUCGUCGCAGAGCGGUAUCGCAGUAAAGGUGGUCGAGUGUUUCUCGUCGGUGAUGCAGCGCAUCGAAUCCCGCCUUGGGGCGCGUUGGGUUUGAAUACAGGUGUGCAGGAUGUACAGAAUCUAGCUUGGAAGUUGGGCAUUGCUCUAAACGCUCGCGAUGAAAGGGAACAGGAGAAACUGCAUAAAUGGCUGGAUACAUACGAGGAAGAGCGUAAGCCGUUGGCUCACCAGGUUGCUCGCACUAGUCUUUUGGAUUUUCGUCAGCAUACGCUUGUGCUUGAUCGUGCGUUGGGGAUAAGGCUUGAUGCUUCUCCGGAAGAUAAUGCUCGGUCUUUGCAGGCUUAUCUCGACCAGGCAAAUCCCGAUGGGGAUAAACUGCGGAUGAAUAUAGCAAACGCACAGAAAAUCUUGGAUCGAGAAUUCUGUGCCUUAGGAUUUGAAGUAGGGUGGUUCUAUCCUAGCUGUGAUAUCGAUAAUGAGGGUGCUAGAACGCGCCAUGAGGGACAAUUAACAGAAGACGGCGAAUUCGAUAUCAUGACUUACCACCCCUCUGCAGUCCCAGGACAUCAUCUUCCGCACAUGUGGGUACUGAAAGAAGGCGUACGGGUUUCAACACGGGAUCUGGUGAUGAAUCCUGGUGGGAAGAAUCAAUGUAUUCUCGUUACAAUGGCAGCUCAGCUCUGGAUGACAUUGCAGUGUGACUGGGUGCAUGUCGAGGCUGUUAUCCCGGAAUCUAGACUGGGGGAGGUUGAUUGGGUGGAACUCAAUGGGGUUGAGAAGAACGGUGCUGUUCUUGUACGGCCGGAUGGGAUUGUGCUAUGGAGAUUUAAGGAGCCCAAUGGAAUUUUUGAUAAAGCUAGAGAGGAACCAGAGAUGUUUGUUAGGCGGUUGUUGGGGAUUAAUGGUCGAAAUCGGAUGGUGAAGAUGUAAAUCAACACUCCAUUUAACAAUGUUAAGGUUAGCAGGCGGCCAAAAAGGGACCGUUUUAGGAGUCCUGCUAACCAACUCUCUUGCCAUCAGGUGAGCGUAUUCCCACAGCCACGGGUUUCAUGUCCCUUGACGCUAGAUUCAAAUGGGACUUCUUUUACUAUUUUGUUCAACAUCACCUAUCUAGAUGCUCUCGCUGCGGACAACAGAUCUGAUAGUGACUCCACCAGCGACCCGGAACUCG